AUGCACCCCGGGCCGCCCCGCGCCGCGCUCCGCCUGUGGCUGGGCUGCGUCUGCCUCGCGCUGGUGCAGGCGGAUAGCCCCUCGGCCCCAGUGAAUGUCACCGUGAGGCACCUCAAGGCCAACUCUGCAGUGGUGAGCUGGGACGUCCUGGAGGAUGAGGUCGUCAUUGGAUUUGCCAUCUCUCAGCAGAAGAAGGACGUGCGGAUGCUGCGCUUCAUCCAGGAGGUGAACACCACGACCCGCUCGUGCGCACUCUGGGACCUGGAGGAGGACACCGAGUACAUCGUGCACGUGCAGGCCAUCUCCAUUCAGGGCCAGAGUCCGGCGAGCGAGCCCGUGCUCUUUAAGACGCCACGGGAGGCUGAGAAGAUGGCCUCGAAGAACAAAGAUGAGGUGACCAUGAAGGAGAUGGGGAGGAACCAACAGCUGCGGACGGGCGAGGUGCUGAUCAUCGUCGUGGUCCUGUUCAUGUGGGCCGGCGUCAUCGCCCUCUUCUGCCGCCAGUAUGACAUUAUCAAGGACAAUGAACCCAAUAACAACAAGGAAAAAACCAAGAGUGCAUCAGAAACCAGCACACCAGAGCACCAAAGCGGGGGCCUUCUCCGCAGCAAGGUGAGGGCAAGACCUGGGCCCGGGCGGGGGCCCCGUGGCUGGCACCCUGGUAGUCCCCGGGCUGCAGAAGGGGUCAUUGGGGCCUGGCAUGGCUGCAGCUGGACAGAGCCAAGCUUGGCCGCUGCCCGUGUGACACAGGGGACACUGCAAAUUGAUUUUGGAUCCUCUCCUUUUGCAGGGUGCCAGGAGCCAGUAGGGGUUUAA